UUUUCUGCAGGCACACACUCUGAUAAGAAGCCCCUCCCCCCUCUCCUCUCUCUCCAUUCUCCGAGCACUCGCUCUUUGUGUGAGUGUGGGACGGGACACUUAUUAUAUUAUCUUCACCAAGAAGGCAGUUCCUCCUUCUCUCGCUCGCCCUCUCACACACUCACACUGCGGGAGAGAUGGAGCGCAAUGUUUCCUGGUAGCUGCCUUCUUCCUGCUCUCCUCCCCCUGAUUUGAGGCCUCCCUCCGCGUCCGUUUCCUCUGCACCAGAUCUGCGCUCGUCCGUGGGGUGGGCUGCUGCGUUUCGGUCCGGAAGUCAGCCAUGAGCAAGGAGGAUGUGCUCAAGAUACAGACCUGCGUGCUCAAGGUGAACAUCCACUGCGACGGGUGCCAGAAGAAGGUGAAGAAGAUCCUCAGCAAGAUCGAUGGCGUGUACCAGACCUCCAUCGACGCGGAGGAGGGCAAGGUGAUGGUGUCCGGACUCGUGGAUCCGGACACCAUCAUCAAGAAGCUCAACAAGGGCGGCAAGCCCGCUGUGCUCUGGGGCUCCAAGCCCGGCGGCGUCGCCAACCAGUUCCAAAAGCUCCACCUCGACGGUAACGGCGGCGGCGGUAAGGGCCAGCAGCCCAAGGACGCCGGCGGCAAAGGCCAUCCCAAAGAUGCCGGCGGCAAGGCCCAGAAGGGCGGAGGCAAGGACGCCAAGAUGGCGAUGCCGCAGCCGACCCCGCAGCAGAUUCAGCAAAUGCAGCAGCAGAUGCAGAUGAAAGGCGCGCCGACGCCGCAGCAGCUUCAGCAGCUGCAGCAGCAGAUGCAGAUGAAGGGCGCGCCCACGCCGCAGCAGCUUCAGCAGCUGCAGCAGCAGAUGCAGAUGAAGGGUGCGCCGACGCCGCAGCAGCUCCAGCAGCUGCAGCAGCAGAUGCAGAUGAAGGGCGCGCCGACGCCGCAGCAGCUCCAGCAGCUGCAGCAGCAGAUGCAGAUGAAGGGUGCGCCGACGCCGCAGCAGCUCCAGCAGAUGCAGCAGCAGAUGCAGAUGAAGGGGCUGAAGCUGCCGCCGCAGUUCAUGGGCGCCGCCGCGGCCAAGAUGCCGUUCCCGGCGGGUGCGCCGGCCAAGGACCCCAAGUCCGUCAAGUUCAACCUCCCCGACGACGGCUGGGGCGACGACGGCGGCAGCGAGUUCGACGACGAGUUCGACGAAUUUGACGACGACGAAGAUUACGACGAUGAGGGCUUCGAAGACGACUACUACGACGACCCCAAGAUGAUCAUGAAGCAGAUGGCCAUGCCGCCGAACGCCGGCGGGGGCGACAAGAAGGGCGCCGGCAAUGGUGGGAAGAAGGGCGGUGGAGGAAACGAGAUCCCUGUGCAGAUCAAGGGGAACGGCAACAACGGCGGCGGCAAGAAAGACGCGGGUGGCAAGCAGCAGCACCAAGGUGGCAACGGCAACGGCAACGGCGGCGGUAAGAACGGAGGCGGCGGUGGGCAGCCGAACAACGUCAAGGGAGGAGGAGCGCCGGUCCAGGGAAAGAAGGGCGGCGGCGCUGGUGGCCCGGCCCCAGGCAUGGGUGGCCCGAUGGGCGGCGGCAUGCCGUCGCAGCAGCAGGCCAUGUUCAGGCCUAACAUGAUGGGCGGCGCCGGUUUCCCCGGCAUGGGCGGUCCAAUGGGCCACCCGCACGCGGCGAGCGGCGCGCAGGCUGGCCGCGCCAUGCAGGGCAUGCCGCCGGCUGGGCAUUACCAGGGCGCUGGCGGCGGCGGCGGCGGCAUGCCGUCCGGCGCGGAGAUGCUGCAGGCUGCCGCGGCGGCCGGGAAUCCCAUGGCGCAGCAGCAGUACAUGCAACUGAUCCAGCAGCAGCAACAGCAGCAGCAGAUGGCAAUGCUGCAGCAACAGCAGCAGCAGCAACAAAUGAUGAUGAUGAACGGCGGCCACGGCGGCGGCGCGGGAGGGUACCCUCAGAUGGGCUACGGGCCGGGGUACGGGCGCCCGCCGAUGGGCUCGUACCCGAUGCCAACCGCCUAUGCGAUGCCGCCGCAGCCACCAGCGGGCGAGCCUUACAACUACUUCAGCGACGAGGACCCCAACAGCUGCUCGGUGAUGUGAGAGAUGGAUCGCGCCACCGCCGCUCAUGGUUGGAAGGAAGACCAUGAUGAAUCUGGCAGUGGCAUGACAUGGGGCAACAACAAGUCCCAUCUAGACCGUUUCUUCUUGAUUAAUUUAGCUUCUACAUUUUCGCCCUUUAUUUCAAGCUAAAAAAGAACAAGAGUUGUGAGACUUGCUUGAAGGCGAUUGUAGGUACAGUAAUUAUCUAUAGAUGUCAUAAGAGAUGAAUGCUCCAUGCUGUUACAGUUGAAGAACAAUGUGAUUGACUGAUGGUAGAUCAAUGAACAGUAUGCAAAAUAA